AUGAUCAAGUUUAACUUUAGGAACACUUUGCACCGUGUAAGUUGUGCUGCUAAAUCUUCUCCAGCCCACAGUAUCCAUUUCCUUCAAAUCCACCCCUUUUCCUCAUCUCUCAAAUCCUUUAAAAACCCAGCAAAUCAAGACCCAUUCAUAGUCACUUACCUCAUAAAAUCAUGUGGGUUUUCUCCAGAAGCAGCUAUUUCAGCAUCAAAGCGAGUCAAUUUCGAAUCUCCCGAGAGGCCAGACUCUGUACUGGCAUUCUUCAAGAACAAUGAAUUCACCAAAACCCAGAUCUCAAACCUCAUUAAAAAGUUCCCUCAGUUGCUCUUAUCUGAUCCCGAUAAAAUCCUUUUGCCCAAAUUCGAGUUUCUCAAAUCUAAAGGCUUUUCAGCCGAAGAUGUUGCCAGAAUAGUGUCUACAUCGCCAUUUGCUGUGAGAAGUUUGGAAAAUUUGAUCAUCCCGUCUUUCGAUUUCUGUAGUAAUUUGCUUCAAUCCGAAGAGGAAGCCAUAGCUGCUAUUAAACGUUGUGCUAUGCUUCUUUCGUUAGACAAGCUAACUCAUGUCACACCCAACAUUGAAAUCUUGCAUGUAGCCAGUGUGCCAAAUGUCCGUGUAAUAAGUUCAUUUUUGAAGCAACCUAGACCAUUCAUGAUGCGCAGCAAUGAGUUUCAACAGAUCGUGGAGGAUGUAGAGAAAAUGGGGUUUGACCCUUCGAAGGGGAGUUUUUUGAGAGCAAUUCAUGUGUUGAGAGCAGUGAGUAAAUCUAUGUGGGAGAAGAAGGUUGAGGUUUAUAAGAAAUGGGGUUGGACUGAGGAUGAGAUUCUUGUAGCUUUUAAGCACCAACCAGAGUAUAUGGAAGCAUCGAAGGACAAGAUCAAUCGGGUGAUGGAUUUUGCUGUCAAUCAACUCGGGUGGGAGUCUUCGUUGGUUGCAAGACGGCCAAUACUCUUUUCACUGAGUUUGGAAAAGAGGAUCGUUCCAAGGUUUGCCAUUUAUCAAGUUUUGUUGUCGAAGGGUAUAAUUAAGACCAAGUACAUUAGUUUGAAUACACUGGUUAUUUCAGAAAAGCAGUUCCUAGAGAAGUUUGUUGUUCGUUACAAUGAAGAAGCUCCCAAGCUACUGAAGCUGUAUAAGGAAAAGUUGGAACGUGCGAUGUAG